AUGGAGUCCGAGCCAUUUCUGUACGUCCUAGGACGAAAGAAAAUGUCGGAUGCGCAGUACAAAUGCUAUGACCGCAUGCAGCAGUUACCCCCAUACCAAGGAGAAGGUCCAUAUUGCAACCGCACCUGGGAUGGAUGGCUAUGCUGGGAUGAUACACCGGCUGGAGUAUUGUCCCAGCAGUACUGCCCAGAUUAUUUUCCAGACUUUGAUCCAUCAGAAAAGGUUACAAAAUACUGUGACGAGAAUGGGGAUUGGUAUAAACAUCCUGAGAACAAUCGAACCUGGUCCAACUAUACUAUGUGUAAUGCUUUCACUCCUGAGAAACUGAAGAAUGCAUACGUCCUGUACUACUUGGCUAUUGUGGGCCAUUCUUUGUCAAUUUUCACCUUGGUGAUUUCGCUGGGGAUUUUCGUGUUUUUCAAGAGCCUUGGCUGCCAAAGGGUGACUCUGCACAAGAACAUGUUUCUGACUUACAUCCUGAAUUCUAUGAUUAUCAUCAUCCACCUGGUUGAAGUCGUACCCAAUGGAGAGCUCGUGAGAAGGGAUCCGCUGAGCUGCAAGAUUUUGCAUUUCUUUCACCAGUACAUGAUGGCAUGCAACUAUUUCUGGAUGCUCUGUGAAGGAAUCUAUCUGCACACACUCAUCGUGGUGGCCGUGUUCACUGAGGAACAGCACCUGCGGUGGUACUAUCUCUUGGGCUGGGGGUUCCCACUGGUGCCAACCACUAUCCAUGCGAUUACUAGGGCGCUGUACUUCAAUGACAACUGCUGGCUGAGUGUGGAAACCCAUCUGCUUUACAUCAUCCACGGCCCCGUUAUGGCAGCACUGGUGGUCAAUUUCUUCUUCCUGCUCAACAUUGUCCGGGUGCUCGUGAGCAAGAUGAGGGAGACCCAGGAGGCGGAAUCCCACAUGUACUUGAAGGCAGUGAGGGCCACUCUGAUCCUGGUGCCCCUGCUGGGAAUCCAGUUCGUCGUCUUUCCCUGGAGGCCUUCCAACAAGAUGCUUGGGAAGAUAUAUGAUUACCUGAUGCACUCUCUGAUUCAUUUCCAGGGAUUCUUCGUCGCCGUGAUUUACUGCUUCUGCAACAAUGAGGUCCAAACCACCGUGAAGCGCCAGUGGGCCCAGUUUAAAACCCAGUGGGACCAGCGCUGGGGGCGAAGGAACCCCCGCCGCUCUGCGGCCAACGCCGCAGCCGCUGCCGCCGCCGCCGCCGCCGAAGCCGGGGACAUCCCGGUUUACAUCUGCCAUCAGGAGCCGAGGAACGAAGCCGCCAACAACCUGGGUGAGGAGGGUGCCGAGGUCAUUGCUCUGGAAAUCAUUGAGCAAGAGUCAUCCGCUUGA